UCCUGUCCUCUUCUCUUCUGUUCUCCUUCAAAACCCGACGCUCUCUCUUCUGCUCUAUUUUUCUGUGUCGUCGACGUGAAAUCGUAUCACUGUUUCUCUGUGUCGUUUUGUGAGAAAACUUGUCGUUUAUACGAGCAAUGGAUGAGAAUUCAGCUUAUGCUGAUCGAAUUCUCACUGAAGAUCAAAUGUACAAUGAUUAUAACAAUGUAAAGCUAAACGAUGACGGAUGGCAAACGGUUUCGUACCAGAAGAGAAACAGGAAGCAGUCGAAAGUCUCAUCGUUGGAGAAUUUCUCCGGUAAUCAUAGUAAUGGCGUCAGGGCCACCACUCCUGACGUCUUCAGCUCCAUCGAGCAACAUGCGGAGGAUCGCCGCAAGCGACUACUAGAGGCACAGCGAGCAGCCGCCCCCGCCAGUGAAUAUCCUUUCGCUGCAAACGGAUCGAAGCGGCAUUCCGAUGACGACGACGGAGAAAGCGACGGUGAAGCUCCUGCCGGUGAAGAUGGUGGAAUUGCCAACGGGGAUAAAAAGAAGGUGAAGGCUAAGAAACCGAAGAAACCAAAGGUGUCUGUGGCGGAGGCGGCUGAGAAGAUUGAUGCCGGUGAUCUAGGCGCCUUUCUUAUUGAUAUAACAUCGUCGUAUGAGAAUCAGCAGGAUAUACUGCUAAUGCGAUUUGCAGAUUACUUUGGAAAGGCGUUUAGCUCAGUGAGCUCUGCGCAAUUCCCUUGGCUGAAGAACUUCAAGGAAUCCUCAGUUUCAAAGAUGGUUGAUAUUCCUCUCUCUCAUAUUUCUGAAGAUGUUUACAAGAUAGCGGUCGAUUGGCUUGGUCAGCAAUCUCAUGAGGCACUUGGAUCUUUUGUGCUGUGGUCAUUGGAUAGCAUUUUUGCGGACCUUGAAAGUCAUCAAGCAACUUCCAAGGUAUCCAAAAAGCCAAAGCAGCAAUUGCCAUCAAAAUCUCAGGUUGCUAUAUUUGUCGUUUUAGCAAUGGCAUUACGGAGACAACCUGAUGUAUUGAUCAAUUUAUUGCCAAUAAUAAGAGAAAACCCAAAAUAUCAAGGACAAGACAAGCUUCCAGUCACAGUUUGGGUGAUUGCUCAGGCAUCCAAAGGAGAUUUGGUUGUGGGGUUGUACACAUGGAUAUGUGCUCUCUUACCUAUGCUAAGUGGUAACUUGAGCAGUAAGCCACAAUCUGGCGACUUGAUUUUGCAGUUGGUUGAGAGAAUAUUGUCCUUCCCAAAGGCUCGGUCUAUUUUACUAAAUGGGGCUGUUAAAAAGGGAGAACGCUUAGUGCCUCCACCAGCUCUUGAACUUUUGAUGAGAAUCACCUUUCCAGCUCCAUCAGGUCGAGUGAAGGCGACUGAGAGGCUUGAAGCUGUUUAUCCAACUUUAAAAGAAAUUGCCCUUACUGCUUCAUCUGGAAACAAAGCAAUGAAGCAAGUAACUCAGCACAUAUUGAAUUUCACACUCAAAGCUGCCGGAGAUGGUGGUAUACCUGAACUAUCAAAGGAAGCCAGUGAUGUUUUUAUAUGGUGUUUGAUGCAAAACCCUGAAUGUUACAAGCAAUGGGACAUGUUCUAUUCUGAGAGGAUUUGAAGCAAGU